AAAAGCUCAGGUGAUCCGUAGACAGGAACACUGGAGGAGAGACCUUUCAUCAGAUUAAUGAGAAAAUAAAACGACGUGAGCAAAAGUAGAGGAGAAAUUUAAUUAGGGAAUGAGCCGGAGGUCGUUUCAGAUCAAGCUGUUAUAGUUGUAGCAUCCAGGGAAGCGGUUCCUUCAGCUCCUGUUGGAGAACCGAGCAGAGGGACUUUAAAGAAGAAUCAUGACUCGUUUACAUCUCCUAAUUGGACUCCUGAGUUGUCUUCACCUGGCAGGAUGUUUGCAGUGUUACACCUGUGUGUUUCCUGCCAUUUCUCCCAUGGACUGCAUGAAGUUUCCUCUGGAGUGUCCUGCAGGCCAGCGCUGCCUGUCCAGCGUGGCGACAGGAAGGCGAGGCGCCGUUCAGCUGACGAUAUACGAGAAGAGUUGUGCCGUGCCGACGCAGUGCGGCUUGGCCGGACAGAAGUACACCUCAGGGGUGUACUUUAACUACACCAACGACUGCUGCGACACGGAUCUUUGCAACGCCGCCGGGUCUGUUGGUGCCCUCAGCCUGAGGGGAGCGCUGCUCUGCCUGCUGCCUGCACUCGGCCUCCUGCUGGUCUGAACAGAACCACCAGAACCACAGACCGCCUCUCCCUCCAAAUGCCUCUUUAGAAAAGAAAUGGCUGAGAUGUUAAAGGAAAAUUAAGUCUUAGUUCAUCACAAGUUGCACCAUCAGUAUUAUUUGUUAUCCAGCAGCUCUUCUAGAAGAUAUUUAAGUGUAAAACAGGUGGAAAAUAUUUCUACUGGAAGAUAUUUAUCUAGAAAGAAUGUUAAAAAUAAUUAAAUGUAACUUUUCCUGACCUUCACCUUAAAAUGUUGGUUCUUUCUGAACUCUUAGUCAAAAUUAUAAACUGAGGAGCAUAAAUUAUAAUUCAUAUUCUCCAAAUCAAAACAUCAGGGCCAUAAGAAGAAAUAAAAUAAAUUAACUAGAAUAAAGUCAUACCAGAAUAAUGACUUUAUUCUCAAAAUCUUAUACAUUAUUAUUUUUUUAGUGUAGUCCUAAUUCUCCGUCAUAUUAUGGUUAAUUAUAGUAGUAAUUGCUAUUACUACUAUCACAAUAUAGUGAUAUAAAUUGCGACAGCAAAGUUGGUGGAAUCAACUGACUCACUCUUUGGUUGCCUGGCAACUCGCUCAUUAUUCUUUGGUUACCUAGCAACAACUUGCCGAGGAACUUGCUGAGCAGCAGUUUCAGGUUUUGCCUCAUUACUGCUUACAAAUAAACAGCAGCUUGGGGGAUAAGAGGGAAGGUCAUGACACCAGUUUGGCAGCAUUUCAGGUAUUUAAAACAAAAAAACGAAUCAAUAAUUAUUGAUAUUCUGAUAUAAAACGCUCAUAUGUUUCUCAGCGUUAUUGUCCAGCUCUAUGUUGUACUGGCUGGAUUAAGACCAGCUGUUUAAAAAAGAUAAAUAAAUGAAAAGUCAGCUUAUAUGAACUCAAACAUGUACAAUGUGCCGGUGAGAGGAGUUGCGUUUUCAGUUUUAUGCUGGUGGUGGCGCUACAGAUCAUCUGAUUUUUGUGUUUUUUUUUUUUUAAGUUCCUGUGAAGAGAUUUAAAAGUCCUACUUCUGUUUGUUUUUUAAGUAUCUACAUAAAAACAGGUUUGCCAGAUUGUUCUGUUAGAUCAGCUAACAUUAAUGCUGUUUGGUUUCCCUAAACAAAACAUUUUGUACCAAACGAUGUAGAAUCAGUUCUUUUCUCUUGGGACUUUUACAAAUAUGGAGAUAAAUAAUAAAAGCCCUCAUAUUUCUAAUCGUCAUUAUUAUACAGAAUCUUAAUAGUUUUAGAUUAUAUCAUAUUUACACUGGUUAUUGUUUGGACCAUUGAUUAAAUCUCAGAUUAUGACCUCUGAUCGAACCAAAUAUAACGAAGCAGCUCCCUUGUUGGUCAGUUAUGUGAAGCAUAUUAACAUAUUCAGCAAACUACAUAAAAAAUUAACGUGUAAUAUUCAUGAGAACAAAUUAUGACAUGUUCAGCAGGAACUUCCUUCUCCGAUUUCUUUUUAUGUGGACAUUUCAAUUAAAAAAAUCCUCAAAACAAGCCAGAAAUAAAAAAGGACGCGUUUUAUUAUGAAGAUAUUUUUAUUGGAACAUUAAUAAAAGUAAAAUACAAAAAGUUUCAGCUGUGAGUUCGAUUGUCCUUGCUGCCGCUUUGAUUUUUUUAACUUCAUGAUGCCGUUAGCAUUAAGACAGAGUGAAAAAUCACAACAUCAAUAACAAAACAUGAAAUGAAACGCAGAAAAUAAAAAUCCAACAUAUUUCCUGGUCCCUGAAAUUGUUUCAAAUACAUAUUAAGAAAUGAGAAUUUCUGCUAUGAUUGGACAAAAACACAAAUGAUGAUUAACAGUGAAGUUAUUCAUAUUUAAUCCCUUUAAGUCCAUAUUAAAAAAUAGAUCAAAUCCACAUCAGUUCAACAACCAAAACAUUCUGUAUUCAAACCCAGAUCCUUCAUGAAAUUUGGGUUUAUUGAGGUGAAUUAACUCACAGCUGAUUUCCAACACAGUCCAACUACAGGAUUUUCUAAUUGCACUUCGGUCAUUUUUAGCAACACUAAAGAACUUCAUAUCAAAACAAUGUUAAAUGUUAAACUGUGUUACCCUGAGGUUGACUGGAUGUGUUACUGCUUGACCAAAGAGAGUUAUUAGCUCCAGUUCCUUCCAUGUUGAUUUAAUUCAAGGUUGUUUUACAGGCAAGAAAACGUCGAGGAGUGAAUUGAGCCAACAGACAGAGUUACGACCGAGUCUCAGAUCUCUUUGGAUAAAAAUAAGGCUAACGGCGGCAUAUUUAUAAUUUAUUUUGUCAGAAGAACUUCACACAACCAACAAAGAUAUACAAGUAAUCUAUACUGUGAUCACAUGUUUGAUGUGUAACAGAAACAAAGCAGGGGUGUCAAACUAAUUUUCGUUUUGGGUCGAAUCAAGAUCAUGAAUGCUCUUAAAGGGCCGGUAGCACCAGAAUGUAUUGAUAAACUGUUAAAAUAUUAAUGAAUUCUUAAAAUUAAAUAAUACAAUUCAAAGUCUUUUCAUUCCCACCAGAACUUCGCGAUUAUUUUUGUGAUUUUUUGCAAUAAGAAUCAAAGUGUUUGUGUUACUAAUUUGGAAAUAUUUGCACUUAUUUAUGACGGUAGAUGCGACUUUUUAUUCCUCGCUGUUUAGAUCAUGGACUAUAAUCUGACAUCAGUUAAGACUGAAGCAGCUGUUCAGUAAAAGUUAGAAAGUUUUUGACAAUUUUUGAGAGAAAUCUUCAAUAAACUCCCAAUAAUUGUGUGUGGAUUUGUUGAUUUUCGUGAAUUUCCAUAAUAAUACACAAGAAAUCCGUUUAUUUUGUAGUAAAUGGAUAAAAACUGCAUUGAUUUGAUUGAAAACAUGAUAUUUAAGUAGAUUUAAUGUUUAGUCCAGAAUCCAGAGACAGAUAUUUUUUCAACUUAACUGCAAACCUUACAGAAAAAUGAAACUUUUUCAGAAAAUAAUUGAACAGUAAUAAAAUCCCAUACAGUUGCGAUCCUUCCACAGACUUUUUAAAAAUUGAUUUGGUGGCUCAUUUCCAAUAAGAAAGUAUCUCCAGCAACUUCAAUAAAUCCUAUUUAACUGUGGAAAUGUGAAAACUACUCAACUGUCCAGUCAUUCACAUCAACAAGGGCCGAGCCAGACCAAGGAAUAAGCAAACUAUGCAGCCGUCUGCGGCUCCACACCAACAGGGGGCUCCGCAGAGCAACAAAGAUUUUCUUGUAAUUGUUUUCCAUUGGUAAGGAUAUUUGUUAUUAGACUUAAACUAAAAAUACACAAUUUCUGAGCUCUGAAACUCAACUAGAAACAAAGGAAAAAUGUUUUAAUUAGGUAUGGGUUACUGUAAAAUUCUAACAUUAUGAUAAAAUACCACGAUUUUAUUGUAAUGUACUGGUUUUAUUUUAUUUUACUACAAAUUCUACCACAGCAAAAAAAUACUUCAAGUAUGACUUUAAUUUUGAUAAAGUUGAUUUUAAUUUAAAAGAAAACAGGCGGUGGUUAUGGCCUUUGAAGCAAUCAAAAAGCUAACAACCUACAAAAUUCCCUUUCUUCUGUCUCUUUUCUGAUUACUUUAAAGUGAAAAGUUAGCUUAUCGACUGUAGCAUGCUCACAGUCUCUCUUCCAUUCAUGUAAUUAUUAAUUGGAGGCCUUGAAAGCGGAUCACAAACAAGCUCACCAGUCAGGACUAAUCCUUCACGCUUGCUGUGGGAGCGCAGAAAGAGGAAGCCCCCGUCUAUUGAAACGGUUUCCUGUUUAGCUGCUUUCAGCGCCGGCUCGGUCCGGAUCGUUUUCCUCUGCUCCGCAAUGAAUGCAAACCUUUUCUAAAUCAUGACGUCUUUCUAUGAAAAGCUGUGUUUCCUCUGUGAUAAAGUCUGUGGGAAACACCUGUGAUUAAAACACAAAAUGACUCGAUGGUAUGCAAAUAUCACUUCCCUAAAAAAUGGCGAGAGACUAAAACGGUUUAAUCUGGAUGUGUUGGAAUAAUUAAUCUUUAGAAUAUAAUGGAAGAAAAAUAAAGAGAGGGGAAAGAUUAAACAACUGUGUGUCCAUUUUGAAGUUGUAAUUAGACAAGGAAAGCUGUAGUAUGUUUUUUUUCUCCUGUAGUAUUAAAGUAAAAGUAUUUAAUGAGCUGAGUAUUGAUUUUUUGUUGAUGACUGAUGCUAGCUAGCCAAUUAGAUGUGUUAGCUGGGUUGCUAAUUAGCCUGCAGUUUACCAAUGAACCAACUGUACCAAUUGUAGAUUGUUAUAUACUAUAAAAAAUGCAACCCAAACCAUCUCAUAUGUAUUAUUUUAUUAGUUGGAAACCUAAAAACUGAUAUUGGACAUGCUAGCAACUCCAGUUGCUAGCAUGUUAUCUUUCCACCAAAAGAUAAAAUACUUAUAGCUUCUUGUGCUAAAAUGCGUCUUACAAACUAUAUACUAUAACCGUCUGCUGUCUUGUGAUCUUAUAAAAAAUAUUUCUUUUAUUGUUCUUUUAUCCAGAAAAGCUUUUGGUAAUUUCUCUCUCAUACAGAGCUAGCACAAACAACAGGUAGAGAAGAAUGAAUUUGUGUUAUGGUUUAAUUUUACUUUUUAUAU